AUGGAAGAGGCUGCUGGGAAAUGGAGGGAGGCUCUUAAAGAAGCAGCUAAUCUUGCUGGGUGGGAGUUAAAGAACACUGUUGAUGGGCAUGAAGCAAAAUUCAUCCAAAAAAUAGUUGAAGAGCUUUCACUAGAGUUACGAUCCAUUAGUUUCACAAUUGAUGAAAAAUUAGUGGGAAUGGAGACUCGGAUCAAAGAUGUUGUAUCAUCUUUAGGAACUGGUUUUGAUGAUGUUCGCAUGAUUGGGAUCAAGGGGAUGGGAGGUGGUGGGAAGACGACUUUGGCAAGAGCUGUUUUUGAUCAAAUAUCCUUUCAGUUCAAAGGUAAAAGCUUCGUGGAGAAUGUGAGGGAAGUUUCAAAUGCUUCUUUGUCCGGUUUGAAGUCUUUGCAAAAACAAGUCCUUCGGGACGUCUUAAAUGAUAAAGGCAUCAGAGUAAGCAGUAUUUAUGAUGGGAAACACAUGAUCAAGAGGAUGGUGCAUGAUAAAAGGGUUCUUGUUGUUCUAGAUGAUGUGGAUAAUGUCGACCAACUUGAGGCAUUGGCAGGCGAUCCUAAUUGGUUUAAGCCGGGAAGUAGAAUUAUCAUCACAACAAGAGAUGAGCAAGUGCUGGUUUCACACAAUGUGCAGUUUAUACACGACAUCAAUCUGUUAUCGGAUAAAGAAGCAGUUUGCCUCUUCAGUAGGUAUGCAUUUGGUAGAGAUAUUCCAAUUCAAGGGUAUGAGAAGCUAACAAGAGAAGUUGUACGUUAUGCAUCUGGUCUUCCAUUAACACUUAGAGUUUUGGGUUCGUUUCUCUGUGGUAGAAAUGAGCUUGAAUGGAUAGAUGCCGUAGAAAGACUUCAAACGAUUCCAUUAACAGAAACUCUGAAAAAAUUAGAAUUAAGCUAUAUCGGUCUAGAGGAGGAUUACAAGGAAAUUUUCCUAGAUGUUGCAUGCAUCUUGAAAGGUCGGACGAAGGUGGUAACAAUCAAAGUGCUUGAAAGCUGUGGAUUCCAUGCUAGAAAUGGUUUAAGAGUUCUUGAACAAAAAUCUCUCAUAACUAUUUCUAAUUAUAAUUUACGUGUGGGCAUGCACGACCAUAUUGAAGAAAUGGGCAGGAAUAUUGUUCGCCGCGCGUAUCCGGAUAAGCCUUAUAAGCAUAGCCGAUUGUGGAUUAGUGAUGAAAUCGAAGAUAUAUUGGCUAAGGAUUUGGGUACCAAAGCAACAAGAUGUAUAAAAUUCUACAAUGGGAAGCUCAAUCCGCACAUGAUUAUAAAAGGUCUUAGAAAGAUGAAGGAACUUAGAUUUCUUUCAAUGGAUAUGGGAGAUCAUUUGCAGUGUUGGGAAUUUAAUAUAAUGAUCAGCCCAGAGAUUCCAAAUGCUUUACGAUAUCUGGAUUUGAAGCAUUACCCUUUUAGUUCUUUACCCAAAACAUUUCAAGCAGAUAAUCUUAUUGCACUUGAGAUGGUUGACUGCAAAAUUUUACAACUUUGGGAAGGGGGAGAAAGAAAGGUUCUUAACAAGCUCAAAUACCUUGACCUCAGUGGUUCCAUGUUGAGUACCCUUGACCUUGGGCUUACUCCAAAUCUCGAGACACUGACUCUUGGAGGAUGUUCCAACCUGGUAGAACUUCAUGUUCCCAUUGGUUGUUUAAAGCUCAUGUCUAUUGACAUCAGUAUGUCAAGGUUGAGGACCCUUGCCCUUGGGCAUGCUCGGAAUCUUAAGACGUUAUUACUUGACAAAUGCUUCGAUUUGAUAAAACUUCACAUGCCGGGUAGAUGUUUAAAUCUCGAAGAACUACUACUCUCGAGGUCAAAGUUGAGGACCCUUGACAUUGGGCUGACUCCGAAUCUCAAGUAUUUGCAUCUUAAAAAUUGUUAUUAUUUAGAAGAACUUCACACGACCAAUGUAUGUGAAAAGCUCAUUAAUCUCGAAAUUAGUUAUUCAAAGUUGAGAACCCUUGACCUUGGGUUGACUCCAAAUCUAGAGAGUGUGGAGGAAUCACUUGAGGUUGUUCCUUUAGCUGAGUUACAUGUGGUUGCAAAGUCCCUAGAACGCUGCCCACUUCACCCCGACAAUGACUUGCCAAAGUUUCGCUUUACUUAUUUCUAUAAGGAAGAUCGCCACUCAUUUACUAGAAAUCUUGAGAAGCUUAUUUCUAUAGGUAUGUGUGCUUGCACAAACCUUGAGACGUUUUCAGGAAGCAUUUGUGGGUUACAACGUUUAAGGAAGCUUAAACUAGAAGGCAGUAUUCAAGAGGCGCCUGAGGACCUCGGCCAGUUAGAAUGUCUUGAGGAGCUGAUUUUCUUGUCUACAAAGAUUAACCAUCUUCCAGAGAGCAUGUGUAUGCUGAAGCAUCUUAAAUCUCUGAAACUUAUAUCAUGUUGGUUUCUUGAGAAGUUACCCGAGGAUCUUGGUGGAUUAGAACGUCUAGAGGAGCUAACUUUGUUUUGUACAUUGAUUAAAGAUCUUCCAGAUAGCAUUUGUAUGUUGAAACAUCUGAAAUCUCUCGAACUGUUCUCUUGUUCGUUGCUGGAGAAGUUACCCGAGGAGUUUGGCCGAUUAAAACUGCUGGAAAAGCUAGAGUUGUCGCAUGCAAAGAUUAAACAUCUUCCAGAUAGCAUUUGUAUGUUGCAACAGAUGAAACAUAUCGACCUUCAUAAUUGUUCGUUGCUUGAGAAGUUACCUGAGGAUCUUGGGCGAUUAGAAUGUUUACAGAAGCUAAUCAUAAUAAACUGUAAGUUAUUACAGAAUAUCCCGAUAAGCAUCUGUAGGAUGAAAUGUCUAAAAUAUUUCCAUCUCCGCUAUUGUAUUGGGAUUGAGAAAUUGCCUGAGGAACUUGGAAGUUUAGAUUGCUUAAAAGAGUUAGAUAUAGAAGAAGCUCAAAAGACCUGGAAAAGCCAGUUCACAAAGAACUAUUGUAACAGGUGCCAGGUUGUUAUCAUUUAUUUGGCAAUGAUCCUGAUGCCAUUGUUACCGGAUAAUCUGAAGUCCAAGUUAAGCUACAAUAGAUCAUCCACAUUGUUUUGA